AGUUGUUUCAGUGGUUUCAGUUCCUAUGUGGUACCAGCUCCUCCGACGCGAUUGCAGUAUUUCAAGGAGCCCACGACAGCAUCAUUUGUAGAGGCGGAAGGGAAUGGAUGCGUUGAGGGACUUGCCACCACUCCCCAAAAGCCUGAGCGGCCUCAUCAACUUCAACAGCAGUCAGUGGCGUGAGGUGGAACGUGUCCACCUCAUGCGCACCAUGAUUCAGCAGGAUCUGAGCAGGGCGGCCCCCGUCGCACCAGCGCGGAGUAGCAGCGCCAGCCGAGCGUCAGCGUCUCGGCAGCGAUCGCCGCAGGCCGAGUCGUUGCACAGCUCGCUUGGCAACAGCCGCGUCGCCGGUGGGGCUAGCAAAGACACGCACAACACGUGGUCAGGCCGUUCGUCGAGACUCGACGCACAGCUGGCUGUCCUACGAAAGGAGAUGGUGGGACUUCGUCAGCUGGACAUGUCGCUGCUAUGCCAGCUGUGGUCGCUCAACGAAUCCAUCCAGGAGUACAAGCAGGCACUCCAGGACAGAUCGCCGUCCUGGGACCCCAGCCAAGAGGAACUGCUGAGUCAGCUGAACGGGGCGUCACCGGCCAGCAUCGCCGCCUUUGACCUCGCCCCCAUCCCGCCACCCACGGUGCGGCACCAGCGUUCCAGCAGCGAGGGCUCCACGCCGCGCCGCUACGACGCCCGACACCCGCCGCGAAACCUCAUGGCCGUGCCGGAGAGGACACUAGCCAUCGACAGCUCAUCUGGCUCCAGCGGCGAGUACGACGACGUUCUAUGAAUCGAGCAACCGUCGCUGUAAAUGUGUUAGAUGUGGGCUCUGGUGACCGCGGGUAUGUAGGUAGUGCGGCUUGUUGGACUGAAAGAGGUGCUGAGAUGGUAUUGCGAGAUUGUUGACAACUCAGGCAGUAGGGUGAACGCAUGUCACUUUUGGAGCAACAUGUUAGCAUCGCAGUUCAAGUAAGCAUUGUGAAACUAAGCUAAGAUUUUUGAACUUUUGCUAUUGGGUACUUUUUAAACCUUCGCGGUCCGAAAGCUUUACCCACCUUCCAUCCGUUCUGGUCCAGAACUAAAGAAAUCAAAGCUCAAGUAAAAGAAGUUUAUGUAGUCAUUGAGAGAUGGCACAUAAUGCAUUGAGAAAAUGUAUGCUUGAAUCAACCACGAAAGAACUUGUCGAGCAGUGCCCAAACACGAACCACUGCGGCCUUGUUGCGUUAGUCGGGAGGGGCCUGACAACGGACCGCAAAGGGUUAAAACCUCUCAGACCUGAUGAAGUGUCCGGCACAUUUCCAUCUUCGUCGUCUUGUCUGAAUCUUGAUGCAGUCUAACUUCAGAGAAUUCGGCGAUCCUGCUGAAGAGGAAACAAUGGAAACCUGCUCAGCAGCAACAUACAGUCGAACUCGGAUAUAUCGAAUCUAAGGACAUCACAAAAAACUUCUAUAUAUAGCUAAUUUGAUAUAUCAAAAAUAUAUUCAAUGGGAUUUUACAACUGUUCGAUAUACACACUAAUAUGUGGGUUCGAUACAUGCGAGUUUGACUGUAAUCACAAGUGCUGCAGGUUUUGCUAAAGUCAUUGAGAUGUCGAGACAGUCAGUGGCCAUAUUUUACUUGGGUUAUUCUGGAAUUCUGUUCACAUCUUAUCAUCGAUCGUGCCAUGCGACCGAUGCUGCCAGUGGUUGAACGCUGGCUCACACGUCAGCCUAUUAUUAAGGGCAGAAAUAAUGCAGGAACAAUCUUAGGCAAGUCUCUAUGUAGCAUUCCUUCAUGCAUGCUUCAGGGUACGAAUGAAAAUUUAAAUACACCACUUAUUAACUAAGGUCACACGCACACAAAAAAAAACAGCUAUCACAAUUUGCUGUGUGCGUUGGUCAGUUCAAAUGAACAAGAUCAAACUUUGGGGCGUCACGAUCAUGACCAUGUACAGGCACAUCAUAUUGCACGGUGUCAGUGCCGAGAUAUUUUAUGUCACGUCUUGUGUAACUGUAGUAGACUGUGACAAAAAAAAGGCAGUUAUGAGGACUCCUCAUAAUAAAUAUUCUUGUAUGUUGUUACUUCACCUGUUCCGCAUCAACAAAUGAUGAAAUUUCAAGCUCAACAUCGCACGUACGACGCAUGUAACAGCUAAUUCCUGCAGAACAUGCUAUUCAGACUGGUUCGCAGACGUGUUAAGCAAGCACGCUGAUGACAUCCGUGAAAAAGUGCUCACUAAAAUCACGUCUGAAAUGAAAACCCCGUUUGCAGGCACGAACAGUGACAGUGCAUUUACAUAUGCAUGGAACUCAGCUAUGCUCAUGUUACUGGUUUAGUUAAUGACAGUUGUAAAAGUGUCAUUGUGACAUGAGGAAAAUUGGUAUCCCUUUUUAAUGAAUGUCUUGUCAUAGUGUUGGCAGGUGCAUGGGGUUUAAAGGGCAGCUAUUUUGCAUAAAUUUGCACAAGGCAGCUCAGAAGUGUGCGAAGGCAUUGUAGCUUCAAACAUGUAUUGUUUUAUCAGAAGAACGAUUCCUUAAAAUGAUAAAAGAACUCAAUGGUUUAGCACAGUAAGGGAACACUUAAUUGCGUCCAUCUCAUCGGGCAAUCCAGCCAUGGCACAUUGAAAUUUUAUCUACAGGGAUUGAAUCAAAAUGUGGCUGUUGUGCCUUUUAAUUUCCUUUGCUGAUGAACACGUUCAAAAAAGAAUCCAUCACGUCCUGAUCUAAAUUUACGUAGCAAACUUAGACAACGGUCGGGCUUCUCCAGAAACUAGUGUAUUAGGCGCAGUCUCUGAAGCUUACACCACCUGGCACGAGCAUUCCAAGUACUGAUGAGAACUUGCAAAGAACAUGGCUUUCAUAACGACAAAUUAUGGAAAACGGCUGCACUUGCUCUUUAGAGGUACAGGGUACAAGAAAAGGAACAAUUAAUAUAUGAACAAUAAAGGUGCAAGCUAAAAUUUUGAUAUCGCUUAGUGAUGUUCGUUUUCACUUGUACUACACUUUCACUUCAUUCGAAACACAAAAACGUUUAACUUCUCUGCAACACAAAGCAGGCAUUUGCUGCACGUUUGCACAAACUGUGCACUGAAAAAUUGACUGCGUUGGUUCACUGUUGCAAAGCAGUGUCAGCUAUGAAAAAUGGCAUAAUGGAGGGCUGUUGAUAAAUUUUGACCAACUCAGGUUCUGCCCCCUAAGCAAGGUACACGAGCUUUUUUACAUUCUUCUCUGAUCAAAAUGUGGCAGCUGCAGCGGGGAAUCGAACCUGCAACCUUUUUUGCUGCGCAGUAGAGUGCUGUAGCUGUAGAACCAGCAACUGUGGCAGCUGUUAGGCCUCUGGCUCAAGAGCACGGUAAAAAAAGAAAAAUGUUUAUUUAAAUUGCGGGAUAUUAGAUGAUAGAGCCACAGUAUGAUUAUGAAGCAUGUCAUAGAAAUCUAAAUACACGAGUGUUUGGGAUUUCACCCCUAUCGAAAUGCAGCAACCGUGGCCGAAAAUUGAACUCACGUCUUCAAGUUUAGCAUCGCCAUAGCUUAGUCGUUAGGUAACCAUGGCGGGUUGGAUGCUGCAUACGCAUAUUUCAUCAUUCUGGCUACAGUUUUUAUAUACUCUAAUAAGCCACUCAUACAAUGCUGAGUGAUAUUGUUGCCACCCCCCCCCCCUCACUCACCUCAUCUUUUCUUUCAGAAAUUGCUUAUCUCGGCACUUAAGUUUGGAGUGCUUCUCAAAUAUACAAGAACACUGCAUAAGCAUUGUCUUUUUCAUUAUGUGUGCUAGAGAUGAUAAGCGCACAUGAUGGUUGAUGCACAUUUCUGAUAGGGGCACACGUUAUCUGGAAUGGGGCGCCCUGUUUAAUUGUGUGCAACAUGAAACAGUGCAUUGUUUGAAGUGUUUUUUUUAACCCUGUAUGUGUGCAAUCAAAAUGCAUCCUGUACCCUUGUAAUGUUGGGGCUCAUCGGCUCAUUAAGGUUCUCCUAACAAAUGUCUUGUGUCUGCUUGAAGGUGUGACGCUAUCUGUGACUAAGGUUGUUGUGUUUGUGAUGCGUCUUUUGGAGUUUCUCCUUUUCUCUCGAGGAUUUGCACGGAAGCUGUUGUGUUAAGGUGCUAAAAUAAAUAAAUAAAUAAUUAAAAUAAGUAACUUUGACAUAGCUGGCAUAGCUUUAUGGUUCAUUUUCAGUUUUGAGGUGCGUUGGAUUCACUAGUUUUUGUGAAGUGAAAGCUGAGAUGUGUAUUAGCACUUGAGCACAGAUUCAACGUGCAAAUGAUUCUCUGUUUGUUUUAAUUCUAAAGUAUUUAUGAAACAUAAAAAUUGCCUUGCUUUCAGCAGGUCAUAUCUUACUGCUGAGCAAGUUCUAAGGUUGCUCCCAUGGGAAAAGCUUAUUAUUUUUACCUUAACCUAGGGUCUGCCUCUGACAUACAUUUGAAUUCCAUUCCAUAAUCAGUCUUCAAAAAGCACAGCAACAAAUGUGUGUAUUACACCCACGUGGAAUGGGCCACCUGUCCAUACUGCCUGCCUAUCAAUGCUUUGAGCAGUUGCAAUAAUAUAACAACACCGAACAACAUUUCACUCCGUCACAUUCCUGUCUUUUUGGAGUUAGCUGGUGAAACGUUGUCUUGUUUACCGUUCCAGAGAUUCUACUCAACCAGGGCUGCUAGUAGGGACACUCUAAAAUCCUGCCCUACUGUCAUAUUUCGUAAUGACGCCGUUUUAAGCCAAUCAGAGAGGCCUUCGCAAUCAUCUGGGCCAGUCAGAGUUAACAAGAUGGCGAAGAUGACAACAUGGCAGAAUUCGACAGCGCCAAUAUUAGCACCCCUGUUCUUUUAAACGCACAUAUUUACCUGCGUCACUCACAUGGUUUAUUCAGAAAGAACUAAAAACUUUUGUAGCCGUUAGUCUGCACAAAGACCGUGAAACUUUUUUUUUUUAGUAAAGAUCAACUAUACUCAGUUACAACCUAAAAAAAUGGCAACUCCACCCACAGAACUGCCGAGCCUGUACCUCAUUUGUGAAAGACAGUCAUGCUAGCUGGCCUCCGCUCAAGCCCUUAGUACUGUUUCGCAACUAAUGUAAAUACUACGCAUACAGAGAGUUAAAGGUUUGUUGUUACUACCUGAAACAUUACAUUUGGCUUAGCAGCGUUGUCAGAGUCCUUGACAAAAUUUACCAGGACUUUAAUGUUUCUGAACUAAAACCACCGACACAAACGUGGGUCUGUACGGGAAAGUCGACUAUCUGAAGCACUCCAGAAUGGCUAUUGGAUGAAGCAUUUAUGCAAUUUCUCUCUGUGGGAGGGAGAGUGAUGGCUGUGGGCGGAGCUUAAGUUGUAGCUGAGUAUGCCGUGAAUAAAAGUUCCGCGAUUGUUCAUACUGAGACUUCCAUAAGAGAUGCAAAAAAGAAUUACCUGUUGAUGUAGCUGUAUUCUGAACUUCCUUAUAUUUAUUGUCAGUUUAUUGCUAGUAAUUUUUAUUGCCAUUUUGUGCGAGUAGUAACUUGCGCAUCUUGGAGUUCUAGAAUAAAUGUCUCUGCAUGUUGCCAUUCCUUGAGGAGAGGGAGUUUUCGAGAGCCAUAUUUUUCUUGCCUCCAGACGACUGGUUGAAUAUGGUGUUCGGGGGGCACUUACUCAUUUUUAUUUUUACCGCUGUGCCACUACACGUUAGAUUUUGUUGCAUGAGGCAUGAACAAAGUCUUUGAAACUGCCAUCGUUUGAUUGUGCCAAUGGUGCUGGAGUGUGGCAGUACACUCUCGAAAACAGUUCGCACCUUUUGAGGAGUCUUUUUGUCCCACAGCAACAAUUGUCAUUUGGCUUGCUUUGAAACUCAACACAUACCAGUAUCUCAUCAAGUAUGCUAUAUCAUGCUUAUAGCAUGCACGCUGUUUGUGACCUGAAGAUACUGGGUGCAUGACGUCGGAGCAAGAUAGAUUUCUAUUGCUGUGCGGCAAAAAGAUGUCUUGACCAUCACACGAGACAUGCCAGAGAAAUAAUGGUUCAGCAAGUUGUGUGGGUGUGUAGGGGACUCCUACCGCUGCCAAACAUGUGCAUUUUCACGUUUAAUUGUAGAGGGAAAUUGCAGUUCCAUUCAUUGGAGGGAGGAUGCAAGUACAGUCACAAACAAUAUGAAGCGGAACACUGAAAUUGCAUUCAAGGUUUCAUAGUGGUUAAAUGCUGUUAGCAAACGCAAAAAUGUUCAUAACACCGAAUGUUCAUGUGGAGAGGUACAUCUUGCAAAUCAGUACAUCCGAUUCCUAUCUGCGUAUCACAGGUGUAGGUUCCUUAAACAUGGACUGGGUGUUCACAUUCAUAUUGUUCACAGCUGUACACACAAAGUGAUGAACAUGCUGAACUGUGCUUUAACAGCAAGAGCAGCUCUCAGGUUUUUCGUUUUUUUUUUUUUUUAAUUUUAUCUCUGUGCCAUUCACAAACUCAUUUUGACAUACUACUAACUAUCAGGUGCUGACUAUGUAUAUUUUUGUUUGUUUUACAUGUUAUUUUGUUUUGCACUUCAGAGCAGUAUUGUUCUACUAUCCUAGUAGUGAACUUCAGGCUACUGGCGUGUAUGUUGCAAACAUACCUUUUAAGUAUUGAGUUUAGAGACAAAUCGUGCCACAAUUUUUUUGUUUUCUGCAGCCUACACGCACAUGUUCGACCAAUGUAAUGUAUCGAAGCUCUUGAACUGAUGCCUUGGUCUCAAAAACUGUGGCUUUCAACUGUAUGUAGACAAUUUACCAAGUAUGAUGUUCCAUUUGUUGUAAAAGUUUGCAAAGUAACAAAGUGUUUUUACUAACUUAUGCAUCUUUUUAUUGAAUGUUGGCCACAUUGUAUUUGUAGUAUAAGCCCACGUGUGUCACUCUUAUGAAAUUUCUGGCACAUAUAUUGCUUUUAUUUAACUUAGGACAAUGGCAUCUGUUAAAAAAUAAUUUGAAUCUUUACACUUAUUUUGUGAAAGGAAACCAGGUUUUGUGAUCAGUAUUGUAUUUUAUAUUUUACUAGUUGUCUUUAAUGACCAUGUAUUAUUCCUCUGGCCAGGCUCAGAAGUUUGUGUAGCCUUACAUGUUGGUGUCUGUAUUUUUAUAUUCAUUAAGAAAUCUUUUAAUCCACGUCUGCUCACUUUAGAAGCAAACACAACUCGCUGCUUUAUUAUUCCUAAUUUCAUGUUCCUGUCAUUUAGUGUGUCGACAUGGUUUUAAUUUAAUUUUGACCAUAUUGAUUCUAGUCACCCAUUUGUGGUCAACUUGGCAGCAAUAUGGUAAAUUUAGAAGCUUGUUCGUUUUAUGUCCGUAUUUUGUGUACAACCCUUUAUUUCAUUCACGCUUUCAUUUAUGUACGCUGCUUAACAUUCCAUCUUUACCACACAAAUGAUGUAACGUUUAUUUUUUACAGUACACUUUCACAUUGUCUUGCCAAGCUGUUUAUAUGGAACUCAGUUGCAUAUACUGAUUGUGCUGCUAUAUGGAAGGAGUUCUUACGUUGACUCGAAUAGCGCUGUUUAAAUCUGUACUCGCGAAAGUUUUGCUGUAAAACAUCUUUACUUUCUGGUAAUGGCAGCUUAAGUCUUAAGAAGGAACCCUCAGCGUUUGAAUGCAUAAUUGUUUUACAAGUUCUGAACAGGCACGGCGGAUCUGUUUUUGCGUGUACUGUGUGUAUUCGUGAAUUUGAGAAAAUAAAGAAAAGAUCACGUUUUCAAUUGAAGCACCGAGCGCUGCGUUUUCGAUGACUGACGUCACGUGGCGAGGGAGAUUGCGCGAUGGUUGCGCGGGCGA